AUGGCGAAUGGGGACUCAAGCCGCGAAGUGCCCAAGGAAGCAGCAAGCCUGAAGAAGAAGCAGACCCGGUUCGCCAAGCGCUUGAUCGACGGACUUCAUGGAGAAGCAUGGCGCGCCUGUCACUCGCUCGUGGAGUCGUCCGAGGAGCUUCGCGUCGUCGACGCCUAUGAGAAGGUGUUCGCCACGCUCCACUCCAUCCACAAGGUGGGCGUGAUCAAGGCGAACGAGGCUUUCGACAUUUCCUUCAAGAAGAGCUACCGCAAGAGAGCGGCGCAGGCUUGGGCGGAGCUUCAGGACGUGGCCGACAAGGUGGAGAUGAGCGAUAGCCUUCAGGCCUACUUCCUCUUGGAGAAUGUCGGCCUCUCCCGGGACGAUCGGCGUCAAAUCUUGCCUGCCAACCAGAGCAACUACUCGGUGGAGGGCAUUGAAAAGGCCCUUCGUGUCAGCUUUUAUGACAUCCAUGAUCGUGAGCGUGGCGCAGGACACCGAGAGCAAGCUGGAGGCAAGCGCAGCGGCAAAGGCUUUCGCAAGCACUACGCGCACGUGGCCCAGGGCGAGUCCGACGGCAGCGGGCACAAGGACGAGGACGACGCCGCGGAGGACGAUGCGGCCUAUGCGAUAGUCGCCGGCGAGGGCGAGACGCACGAGGGCACGGGCGGCUCGGACAUCGGGGCCUCGGAGGACGACGAGAUCUACGACGCCUUUUCGGCCUACCAGGAGAGCAGGCGAAAGCUGAAGGACUUUCAAAAGAUCAAGCCCGGAGGAGCGGAAGCAAGCCAUCCGCAAGGAGAAGUCGAGGACAAGGUGUGCGGCCACUGGACCGGCGAUGGAAAGGCGCUCUAUGUCAAUGAGAACCCCUGCUUCUUCACCCUGCAGGAUGGCGACUCCAACAGCUACUGCGAUAUGGUUCGAGAAGGUGGCGCGGCAGACAUGGAGCAGGACGAUGGCCGCGAGUGGGAGGUUAUGUCUGAGAUCCCGCCUCCCUACGUCGGUGAAGCUUCUGCAGCAGAGAUGCCAAUGCCGAUGCCCGACAGGACCCAGCCGGACGCCGAGGACGUGGGCCCCAGAGACUUGCGGACGUCAGGCCCCGGACAGUGCGACCGGUGGGAGGCAGCAGUUAGCGGCGCCAAAGCCCAGCUGAUCGAGCGUUUGCAGAAGCUGUACCGCGGCGAGCUCGUGCACAAGAAGGGCUGCUCCAAGAAGAUGGACGGCGGCUACCUUUACGACGGCAGCUUCGGCGUCCUCAGCCUCAACGCCUAUGUCGACGACGGCGGCUACCUUUUCGGCGGCGCGAAGGUGCCCGAGACCAAGAUGGCUGGCGGCUACGAGGGCAAGGGUACCGUGGACCCACGCUCGGGCUUGGAGAUUUUUAAGGAGCUGGUUGUUGGAGAAAUGGCUCCCCAAAUUAGCUGCCUGGUGUGUCAGUGCCCUUUGGUUCUGCGGUCGCGCCGCGGCAAGACAGGAUAUUUUUUCGGCUGCAAGAAUUUUGCCUCAGAGAAGCACUGCAAAUUCACCCUUGAGCUGGGUGAAGGCUUGGCUCUGUACCGCCAUUCAGAAUUCGUUUUCGCUCAAGAUGGUCACGCAGAGGAGAUUGAGGAGGAUGAGCGCGGGCUUUGUCUCCUUGACACCGCCUGUGCCUCCUGCCUACACAGUCGGAAGUGGAGACAGCGCUUUGAAGCCCUGUUGCCAGAGGACAAAAGAGGGCAGCCCACUAUGCAAAAGCAAAGCUUUGAUUUUGCCAAUGGGGACAGCGCGAAAGAGAACAUCACGGUUUGGCGGCUGCCAGUCUUCUUCGCCAACAUCCCUGAGGAAGUGUACUCGUCUGAGCUUCCCGACGGAGAGACACCGCUCUUAUUCUCCAUUCAGGCUAUGAGGGAUGAUUCUGGACAUGAAAGCCAGGAAGGUGAACCUUCAAGCGGAGCUGGACAUGGAGACCACUCGGACAAAGCGCUUGGCCAUAAGAGCGGCCCAGACUUCGAGAAGCCCAUGGCCGAGCCCAAGGGAACCAGUGAGGCGCCGCAGGUGGAGACGGAGGACCUCAGCGUCUACUACCUCCAAGAAGCAGAGCUCCCCCUACUACACGGCGUGAACAAGAAGGACAAGACAGCCGAGCUCAGCGCCAGACGCGUGAGAGAGCUCGAGAAGAGCUGCCGCAAGCAAGCAGCCCUGGACCAGCGCAACUGGACGGCCCUGAAGAAUAACUACGCCCUGGCGGAGCAAUGGGACGGCGAGGGGAAGUUCAUCCUUGGCGACCAGUGUCCAUAUGGAAAAUGGGAUUACAAGAUCGGACGCCCGGUGCAGAAGAAAACCGGCUGGCUGUCCAACAGCGAGGUCAUCCUCAGGAAAGCACGCGAUGGAGUCGACGAUGAUGGCGACAAAAUGAUGAACAGCGAGCCAAAGGAACCCCGAGUCGAGCCCAUGGAGGACACAUGGGAGUUCGCAGGCGUGUGGUGGAAGAUGAAUGGCAGCAUGCAUGGGCGUGUGGAGCAGAAGAUGGAUUCCGCUUGGACCGGGAACACGGAGUUCGAGAUCCUCGGCGGCGUCCCGGCGACAGAGGACCACCAAGAACAUCACGAAGGGAUUCGGCUGUCCCAAUGGAUACUGAUCACGAAGAACCAUGAGAGGGGCGUCCAGAAGUACCAGCGCCACGCAGAGUGCAACGACGACGAGGCAGUCCUGGACCUUCUCGAACACACGGCAGUCGGCGCGGAGCGUGAUUUGGGCCGUUCUUGGGUGGCUUUGGAGAGCGGAAGGGCAGACGCUACCUUGAUUCUUUGUUCCUUGACAGCAAGGCGGAUGAAGAAGCCACAGCCACUCGCCAGCCCCCUUGAUGUACCUCUACGGAAAUCCUUCCUCCUGCUCAACGGCAACGAGGUGCUGACCACCGACUUCGAGGAAUGGCGCAGCAUGGCUCCAGCAGCACAGGUGCGACCUUUGUGGCGCAAGGCCGUCUGCUCUACGUCGUCCUCUACGGGAGGUGAUGAGAGCGCGGCAGUGGCCACUCAUCGAGUGCAUGUGAACCUUGAGCACACACCCACGGCUGCUUUGCUGCGUGCGCUACGUGUGUCGAGAGCGUCAGAGACUGCGCUGAAGGCGGCAAGGUUGUUUCGUUGCCCCGACUGCCUUCGGAUGAACGAGAAGGCGCCAAGGCCUAGCAAGCUUCCGAUGGCCGACGAGUUCAACGUGCAGAUCGGUGUGGACAUCAUCCAGGAGAAGGGCGCAUCUGGGUUCAACUGGACAUGGUUGAACGUCUUUGACCAGGGCGUGUGCUUUCAGGUGUCCGUUUUGCUGGAGAACACGCGUGCCAACCUCACGGCCUCGGAGGUUCCGCGAGCCUUUGCUAUGGCCUGGCAGAGCUUCGGAAGGAGGCCCAGCCAGGGUCCAUUCCCGGUCGGCUGCUACGUCUUCUACUUCGACGCGGCCAACAAGGUGCGUGGGCCCAACUGCUGGAGAGGCAUCGCCAGAGUGGUUGGCAAGGAGGGCAGCGGCGCUAUAUGGAUCUCGCGCCGGGACAUCCUGAUCGCUGUGUUCCCUGAACACCUUAGUCUGGCCCACGACCAGGAGGUCGAGCACUGGAUGAUCGUCGGGAGUAUCCUCCACUCGAUGUGCCCGACUACAACCCCGAUCUCCCCGAUUGCCGACAACCCGGAUGCCGAGGCCAACGAGCGGGAGGCCAAGCGACAGCGAGUGCUGCGCGACACCGAGGCGGCGCAUUACGUGACGGAGACCUGUGACGCGGCCAGCGCUUACGAGUUCCACGGCUACUUGGUGAAGAAGGCAAAGGAGCACUUUGCGCUAGAGAAUGGGGAUCGCUUGCAGAGACCUUGCCGACCUCCACCAGGCGAUGAGGAUCUAGUUUUCUUCACAGAUGCUAAGGCUGAGAACGGCCGAGCUUGGAUAGGAGGCUUUCUAGAGAUGGUGCCUGGGUGCCACGGCCCGUGGUUCUCGCUAGAAGUUACGAGAGAGUGGGCACGUUGGGCCUUUUCCAAAGAUAGCCCUAACAAAGUUAUUGCCCCGCUAGAGUUGCUAGCGACUUUGAUAGCUGUGAAACUUUGGGUCCCUGACUCCAAAGAACGGCAAGUUUCAAGAGUAGCUAUCAGGGGCUAUACGGACAACCAGUCCAAUGAGGCCCUGGUAAAGAAAGCGAUGACUACCAAAUUUCCGUCAACGCUAGUCCUACUUGAGCUGGCAGAAGAGCUAGCCUUCAAGUCUUGCGAGCCAGGCCUGACGUGGAUCAGGAGAGAGGCUAACCAGCUAGCGGAUGAUCUUACGAAUGAAAACUUCAAGGAAUUUUGUCCCGAAUUUCGGGUCCCCUUGAAGGGUGGAGAUGUCCAAUGGCGAGUGCUAUAUAGACUUUUGGAGCACGCCAAUGGGUUUUACCAGGAGCUGCUACAGUUUAAGCAGCAAGGCAAAGCCGGGCCUGUGAAGGUCAGAAAGUCCGAGAAGCUCCGCAAGCUAAAGCCCUGGUAG